AAGCACAAUAUGCACCUUCAGUGUGUGUGUGUGUGUGUGUGUGUGUGUUACUCCGCGCCGGCAGGAGGCGAUAUGAGCUCAGCGCGGAGUUCAGGCCGUUGCUGUGGUAACGCGGACAUGCGCGUCUGUGGCUGAACAUGAUGAUGCAUUGGGAUGUCGGUGGUGAAGAGUCUCGUUCCUGCGCGCUUCCUCACACUCUCCGCACACCUGGUCAUCAUCAUCACCAUCUACUGGUCUCGCGAGAAUAACAUCCAGUCAUGUCUGCCACUGGAUUUCACCGAGGACCAGUUCAGAACAGAAGAUACACGGCUGGUGGUGGCGCUGUCGGUGACUCUGGCUCUGUUCCUCAUUGAGCUGGUUGGAUUUCUCUCGGGAAGCUCCAUGUUCAACAGUAAUCAGGCUCUUCUGUCUCUGGUCACUCACUCCAGCGCCUGCAUCAGUUUGUCCUUCUUUGUGUUCCAGCAAUGGCCCUGCUGGACGUACUGGAUCAUAUUCAGCCUCUGCAGUGUGUUUCCAGCGCUCUUUGAGUUCUUUCUGUUCAUUUCACUGAAGUCAGUGUGAGAUUCUUCAGGACAUGAAGACCCCGCAAAAGAAAACACUCGAUGAAGAGUUUGCUGGACAGAUCGAGACGGUCUCAUGUUCUCCUCUCCUUCUUUUAUAGUUUUGAGGAUAUAAUAUACAUUUUAUACAAAGAAGUUGUACACAUAUUUAUUGACGUCUAUUUCUGUAACAUGAAAAUCAAUUGAAUGCAUUGUAACAAAACAUUG